AACCACCACAACCACUCGCAUGUUCACUGGUUCUAGGGUUGCUAUCAACUAGUCUCCAGUAGAGAGACUACUAACUCACGCUUUAUUUUCGCCAGCUCUCGCUGUAUGCCGUCUGCUGGUAAUAACCAGACUUUUUCCAUCAGUAGGUCUCCAGUUCUCGUCGAUGCAUCAGUAGCAACUACCGCAUUUCGUAUUGCCGUUGGAGCUUGUUAGGAAUCACGCCGCUCGUAUGCCGUUCUGGCUGUUCGCCGAUCCAUAGUCUUCCAUUAGGUUCUUUUCGUAGUUCGUCCCUUUCUUUCCUUCUUUCUUCAUUUUUAAUUCGACGAGUAGUUGAGAGCUCCGAGAAUCCUAGUGACGUUCCCGCGCCACUCUCGUUACGUCCACUUCCUCGGCGAAACCAGCUGAGCGGGUUCGCCGCGGCAGGACCUGCACCCCGUUAAGAAACGCAGGCACCGCAUUGCACCGUACUGCAGCGCGCCUCUUAUGGCGGCGUCAGUACGCCGCGCGCUACUGCUCACCCUCGCAGCCGUGAUCCUCGCAGCAGCAGCGGGGACAUGGCCAGUCGUGGCGGAAAGCACCACCGCCGCACCUGCCGCUGCCGCUGACGCCGCCGCCAGUGAUGCAGCAACCGAGUCGGCGCCGUCAGCGGGCACAACGAGCGGCAGUGACAGCAGUAGUGGGAGCAGCGGGAGCAGCGGCAGCAGCGGCACGGCGGCCAGCACUAGUUUCUCGCCGUCGUUCAACGAUACUACAUCGUCGGUGUCGGAGGGCUCGUACUCCCUAGAUGCGGCGCGAUGGGUGUGGCCCACUGCCAACGACCCCAACGCAGAGAACCUUAUUCAUUCCAUUCUCUCCAGCUGGUGCGGCGAGACGUACGUGGACGCGGUGAAGGACGCGUCGACGCGCGCGGGGCAGUUCGACCGGCUACGCAGCGAGCGCGACCAGCGCUACGCCGAGUGGCUGCGCUGCAACCAGGAGAGGAGCAUCCGCGAACGAGAGCUGGAGAUGGAGUGUGAGCGCGAGCGGCAGGUGGUGGCGAGUGCGUUCGACCGCGAGAGAGUGGGGAUAAGGGCCGACUGUGACACCGACGCCAACGCCAUCCGCGCCGAGCUCGAACACUGCGAGAUCCGGCUGAAGAAGAAGGGCGCGGGCAGCUGCCAGAAGGGCGUGGCGGCGGAGCGGGCGGCGUGCGAGCAGGCGAAGCGGGGGCUGCAGGAGGAGCUGGAGGCGUGCGAGGCCACGGGGCGCGUGGCCAACGUCAGCCGCAUCGUGGCGCUGGAGCAGGCCGCCGUGCACGCCGGCGAGGAGCGCGUCGCGUGGAGUGCCGAGAGGAAGACGCUUGUCGCUGAAGUGCAAGAGUGCAGGCCAGCGCAGGUGCGAGCGCAGCGGCGGCUGAACGAGGUGUUGACGGACGGCAAGGUGCAGUCGCUGGAGAAGAAGGUGACGCUGCUGCAGACCGUCAUGCUCUCGCUCUUCCUCGUGCUCGGCCUCACUGGCGGUGGCAUCACUGUGCUCUUCAUGCGCGAGAAGCCGGGCGGCGUGGAGGGCGGGUACGGGUGGAUCCCGGUGAUGCCGCCCGCACGGCUGCGACUGGUGGAUGCGGAGGGCGGCAAGGACCUGCUGGUGGACGCCUUCGAGGGCGGCAAGGGGUCGCGCCUCGCCAUCGUGCUCGCCACUGACGUGGACUUCGGCAGAGAGCGAGGCGACGACCCCCCCACGGUGUAUCUGCUGGUGCCGCUCAACAUCACGAGCUCGCGGCGCUUCUCGCUCUUCAACCAGGGCGGCGACUACACGCACCACGUGGAGCGCGCACAGGAGAUAGUGAACCGGCAGGCGCCCAAUGCGCGGCUGGUGGUGGUGCUGUACGAGGCGGGCGGGUGCGUCUUCACCGAGGCCACGCUGCAGAGCCUUCGACUCACCGCCGAUAAGAUUGCCUUUGAGGCGGUCCCCACGGACGCGGAAUUCCCCACGAGCGACCACCUGGUGCUGCUGUGGCUCGACAAGCACGAGGGGCUGCGGGCGUCCGACAGCGCGCAGGAGUCCGAUCUGACAGCUGACAUCAAGUCACAGCCGUGGGCGCAGUACCUGCUCAUGCGCUCGGGCCGCUGGGGCCAGGUGCACGCGCAGUUCAUGUAGCGUGUUCCGCUGGUGCGUUGGGCUUGGUCCUGGGCAUAUGUGUGUAUCCCCAAAUGGAUCACAUGGUUUACGGAUCCACCCUUGGCUGCCGUUCUCCACCUGUGCCGCACUACUCUCCGCCUCCUGUUCUAACACCAGUGUAGGUCUUAAGAAACUAAUUGUAGGUAGAAUUUGUGAUGAAUCUGGUGUUGUCCUUUCCACUAGUAAUCUAG